AUGGAGCAAGAACAAGUGAGAAAUUCAAGUUUCAAUGGAGAUGAAGUACUUAUUGUAAAUGGAGGAUCAUUCGGGGAAAGAUUAAAGAAUCUCAUAAAAGAACAAGGAAUUGAAUCUGUUGAAACCAUACGUACAAAAGACUCCAUGAAAAUAAAGAAUAGAUUAUACCAGGCAGUUACUCAUAGCAUGGCUUCUGCACUGGAUAGAGUGCAGUACUACGCAGACUACUCACUAAGACUAAAGUGUAAGUCUAAAGUAGACUGGAGCAUACUAAGGGAGAAAAUAAAGAAAAAAGUACAUGAAAUAGAGGCAAAUAAGAGAGCACCAGAAGACAUAUAUUCAAUUGAGAAGAAAGGAUCUGAAAUAUAUAUUAAUGGGGAAGUCUGUAAGGCAAAGAAUAUAGUUGUAGUGAAUACUUUAGAAAAUACAGAAGAAAUUAACCUGAAUAACCUAUGGAUUAAACUAGUAGAGUUAGAGAGUACUUCUUUUUGUGUAUUUUUAAGUGGUGGUGGUAAACAGACUGUAGAGACUGCUUCAAUUCUCUCAGAUUUAGGGUGUAAAGUAUAUUUAUCACUGAAGGAUACUGUACUUCUACCAGAGUGCGAUACAAAUAUCCAGGAGAAUAUUAAAAAUAUACUUCUGGAGAAAGGCGUAACACUCUUCUUUGAGUCAUCAGUAGAGAUAGUUAAUGAGUUAGACAGGACUUACACUGUGACUGUAAAUACUUCUAAUGGGUUUAGUCAAGUAGUCAAGGAUAUAGACUAUUAUUUCACUGAGAGAGAAUAUUCUUUAGAGAUAAAUAUAAUGGAAAGUCAAAGGAUACUAAGUGUAUCUGAGCCAGGAAAGAACAUUGGGAAGGCAGAGGUAGAAGUACUUAAUAACUUGUUUCCAUCUGAAUUCUCAAAGGAUAAGAAGUACUUUCCUUUGGUGCCUACAUAUAUCUAUACAAGCCCUCCUGCUGCAGCUGUUGGGUACACUGAAGCCAUGGCAAGAAAGAACUUUCCUUCAGUGCGUGUUGUAAACCCGAAGUUCAGAGGAUUAUUCUACUCAGUCUGCCAGAAUAAAGUACCAACGGAUUAUAAGCUUGUGUUUGCCUUGGAUACUGCAGAGAAUCCGCAGAAGGAGAGACUCGUUGGAUUGCAUCUAUUUGGGGCAAGUAGCAUCGAUGCAAUUAAAGGGUUUUCUAUAGGUAUGUACUGCGGAAUAUCCCCAGAGGAUAUUUUGAAAACAAUCCCAAUCCAUCCGACUUCAUCAGAAGAAGUUAUUACAGGAUAG